AUGAUGGUCCACUGUGCCGGGUGCGAACGGCCCAUCCUGGACCGGUUCCUGCUGAACGUGCUGGACAGGGCCUGGCACGUGAAGUGCGUGCAGUGCUGCGAGUGUAGCUGCAACCUGACGGAGAAGUGCUUCUCGCGGGACGGCAAGCUCUACUGCAAGAUGGACUUCUUCAGACGGUUCGGCACCAAGUGCGCGGGCUGCCUCCAGGGAAUCUCGCCGAACGACCUCGUGCGCAAGGCGCGCAGCAAGGUGUUCCACCUGAACUGCUUCACGUGCAUGGUGUGCAACAAGCAGCUGUCCACGGGCGAGGAGCUCUACGUCAUCGACGAGAACAAGUUCGUGUGCAAGGAGGACUACCUGAACUCGGGCGCCGUCAAAGAAGUCAGCCUGAACUCAGUGUCUUCAUGCACGGACAGAAGUUUAUCGCCAGAUCUGCAGGACCCGAUACAGGACGACACAAAAGAGACGGACAAUUCCGCGUCGUCGGACAAGGAAACGAACAAUACGGAGAACGAGGAGCAGAACGCGGGCGCCAAGAGACGAGGCCCGCGCACCACCAUCAAGGCCAAGCAGCUGGAGACGCUGAAGGCCGCCUUCGUCGCCACGCCGAAGCCCACGCGUCACAUCCGGGAGCAGCUGGCCCAGGAGACGGGGCUUAACAUGCGCGUGAUCCAGGUGUGGUUCCAGAACAGAAGGUCCAAAGAGCGGCGCAUGAAGCAGCUGAGUGCGCUCGGAGCCCGGCGGCACGCCUUCUUCAGGGGUCCGAGGAGGAUGAGGCCCCUGGGGGGCCGGCUGGAGGACGCAGACAUACUGGGACCGGGGGCGUAUGGCUACUACGGAGAAUACCAAGGUGACUAUUAUGGACCGGGGAGUAACUAUGACUUCUUCCCCCAUGGCCCUCCCUCCUCGCAGGCUCAGUCUCCAGCCGAGUCCCCUUAUAUCCUGGGCUCUGGCCCUGGGGGCAUGGAGGGAUCUGUGGCAGGCCACCACCCUUCAGAUGACCAAAGGUUCACGGACAUGAUCUCCCACGCAGAAACCCCCAGUCCUGAGCCAGGCUUACCGAGUUCCCUACAGCCGGUCCCUGGGGAAGCAUACGGGGGAGGGCCUAGCCCGCCCUUCUCCCUGGCCAGCAACUCCAGUUACAGCGCUCCUAUGUCCCACCAAGGCCAGGAGAUGGGAGAAACCACAGCUUGGUGA